CGGGUCGGGACCGAAGCGCAGUGUUGGGGCUGCGGUGGGCGGAGAGGAGCCGCAGCCCGAGCGGCCAGAGCCGCUACCGGACGCUCCCCAGGGACGUCGAGGCCGGGCGGGCCCGGGCCAUGCGCGUCGCGCGCUGAGGCCGAUGGAGGCCGCGAUGGAGGCGCCUGCGGGCGAGCCCUCGGCCCGGGGCUGCGGACCCCCGGCCGCGCCCGCCCCGGAGAGGAAAAAGAGCCACCGCGCGCCGUCGCCGGCCCGGCCCAAAGACGUGGCUGGCUGGUCGCUGGCUAAGGGCCGCCGCGGCCCAGGCCCGGGCGCAGCCGCCGCCUGCAGCGCUGCGUCUAAUGCACGGCCGGACAAGAAGGGGCGCGCGGUGGCGCCCGGCGCGCGGGGCGCAGGGGCACGGGUGGCCGGAGUCCGCACUGGCGUUCGAGCUAAGGGCCGCCCGCGCCCGGGUUCCGGGCCGCGACCGCCGCCACCGCCGCCCAGCCUCACCGACAGCAGCUCGGAGGUGUCGGACUGCGCGUCGGAGGAGGCGCGCCUGCUGGGUCUGGAGCUGGCGCUGAGCAGCGACGCUGAGUCGGCGGCUGGGGGUCCGUCAGGGGCCCGCAACGGGCAGCCGCCCCAGCCCGCGCCGUCCGCACAGCAGCCUUCGCGGCCGCCCGCCUCCCCGGAUGAGCCGUCGGUGGCCGCGUCGUCGGUGGGCAGCAGCCGCCUGCCGCUCAGCGCCUCCCUCGCCUUCUCCGACCUCACCGAGGAGAUGCUGGACUGUGGGCCCGGCGGCUUCGUGCGGGAGCUGGAGGAGCUGCGCUCCGAGAACGACUAUCUUAAGGACGAAAUUGAGGAGCUGCGGGCCGAGAUGCUGGAGAUGCGAGACGUCUACAUGGAAGAGGAUGUGUACCAGCUGCAGGAGCUGCGGCAGCAGCUGGACCAGGCCAGCAAGACCUGCCGCAUCCUGCAGUACCGGCUGCGCAAGGCAGAGCGCCGCAGCCUCCGUGCCGCCCAGACCGGCCAGGUGGAUGGCGAACUCAUCCGUGGUCUGGAGCAAGACGUCAAGGUCUCCAAGGACAUCUCUAUGCGACUGCACAAGGAGCUCGAAGUGGUGGAGAAGAAACGAGCACGGCUGGAAGAGGAGAACGAGGAGCUUCGGCAGCGGCUCAUCGAGGCUGAGCUGGCUAAGCAGGUGCUGCAGACAGAGCUGGAGCGGCCGAGAGAGCAUUCCUUGAAGAAAAGAGGAACUCGCUCCCUGGGGAAGACAGAUAAGAAGCCUUCUGCGCAGGAGGACAGUGCAGAUCUGAAGUGCCAGCUGCACUUUGCCAAGGAGGAGUCGGCCCUCAUGUGCAAGAAGCUUACCAAGCUGGCCAAGGAGAACGACGGCAUGAAGGAGGAGCUGCUCAAGUACCGCUCGCUCUAUGGGGACCUGGAUGGCGCCCUGUCCGCGGAGGAGCUCGCCGACGCGCCGCACUCGCGGGAGGCCGAGCUGAAGGUGCACUUGAAGUUGGUGGAGGAGGAAGCUAACCUGUUGAGCCGCCGCAUCGUGGAGCUGGAGGUGGAGAACCGGGGCCUGCGGGCCGAGAUGGAUGACAUGAAAGAUCACGGCGGCGGCUGUGGGGGGCCCGAGGCACGCCUGGCCUUUCCUGCGCUGGGUGGCGGCGAGUGUGGGGAGAGCUUGGCUGAGCUGCGGCGACACCUGCAGUUCGUGGAGGAGGAGGCGGAGCUGCUGCGGCGCUCCUCGGCGGAGCUCGAGGACCAGAACAAGCUGCUGCUGAACGAGCUGACGAAGUUCCGCUCAGAGCACGAGCUGGACGUGGCGCUGUCAGAGGACAGCUGCUCCGUGCUCAGCGAGCCCUCUCAGGAGGAGCUGGCGGCUGCGAAACUGCAGAUCGGCGAGCUCAGCGGCAAGGUCAAAAAGUUGCAGUAUGAGAACCGGGUGCUUCUCUCCAACCUCCAGCGUUGUGACCUUGCCUCCUGCCAGAGCACGCGGCCAAUGUUAGAGACUGACGCCGAGGCAGGGGACUCCGCCCAGUGUGUGCCCACGCCCCUUGGUGAGGCCCACGAGCCCCACGUGGCCCGGCUUUGCAGGGCCAGGGAGGCCGAGGCACUGUCUGGACUGAGGGAGCAGGCCGCCCUGGUCAGUAAGGCCAUUGACGUCCUAGUGGCAGAUGCGAAUGGCUUCUCCGCUGGCCUCCGGUUGUGUCUGGACAAUGAGUGUGCCGAUAACAGCGAGGGCCCCAGGGAUGCCAAGCUCCUCCAUGCCAUCCUGGUGCGGCUGAGCGUGCUGCAGCAGGAGCUGAACGCUUUCGUGCGGAAAGCAGACGCAGCACUGGGGAGCUCUGGCAAGGAGCAGCCAGAACCCUUCUCCUCGCUGUCUCCCUUGGGUUCCCAGGGGCCCUCUAAGGAGAUCCUUCUGGCUAAAGACCUUGGCUCAGACUUCCAGCCAUCUGACUUCAGGGACCUGCCAGAAUGGGAGCCCAGGAUCCGAGAGACCUUCCGCAAUGGCGACUUAGACUCCAAGCCUGACCCCAGCCGGAGCUUCAGACCUUACGGAGCUGAAGACAAUGAUUCCUAUGCCUCUGAGAUCAAGGAGCUGCAGCUGGUGCUGGCUGAGGCCCAUGACAGCCUUCGGGGCUUGCAAGAGCAGCUCUCCCAGGAGCGGCAGCUACGGAAGGAGGAGGCUGAUAACUUCAACCAGAUAAUGGUACAGCUAAAGGAGGACCAGCAGAGGGCGCUCCUGAGGCGGGAGUUUGAGUUGCAGAGUCUGAGCCUUCAGCGGAGGCUGGAGCAGAAAUUCUGGAGCCAGGAGAAGAACAUGUUGGUGCAGGAAUCCCAGCAGUUCAAGCACAACUUCCUGCUGCUCUUCAUGAAGCUCAGGUGGUUCCUCAAGCGCUGGCGGCAGGGCAAGGUUUUGCCCAAUGAAGGAGAUGACUUCCUUGAGGUAAAUAGCAUGAAAGAGUUGUACCUGCUUAUGGAGGAAGAGGAAAUAAAUGCUCAGCAUUCCGAUAACAAGGCCUGCACAGGGGACAGCUGGACCCAGAACACGCCCAAUGAGUACAUCAAGACCCUGGCGGACAUGAAGGUGACACUGAAAGAGCUAUGCUGGCUACUCCGGGAUGAACGCCGUGGUCUGACCGAGCUUCAGCAACAGUUUGCCAAGGCCAAGGCCACCUGGGAGACAGAGCGGGCAGAACUCAAAGCCCACACCACCCAGAUGGAGCUGAAGGCUGGCAAGGGAGCUGGGGAGAGGGCAGGGCCUGACUGGAAGGCAGCCCUACAGAGGGAGCGUGAGGAGCAGCAGCACCUCCUGGCGGAGUCCUACAGCGCUGUCAUGGAGCUGACACGGCAGCUGCAAAUCAGCGAGCGCAACUGGAGCCAGGAGAAGCUGCAGCUGGUGGAGCGGCUGCAGGGUGAGAAGCAGCAGGUGGAGCAGCAGGUGAAGGAGCUGCAGAACCGCCUGAGUCAGCUGCAGAAGGCUGCCGACCCCUGGGUCCUGAAGCACUCAGACCUGGAGAAGCAGGACAACAGCUGGAAAGAGACACUCAAUGAGAAGAUCCAUGACAAAGAACCUGUUCCUGAAGUUGAGCUUGGGGGAACUGGCUUAAAGAGGACCAAAUCUGUUUCUUCCAUGUCUGAGUUUGAAAGUUUGCUGGACUGUUCCCCCUACCUUGCUGGUGGAGACACCCGUGGCAAGAAGCUGCCCAACAGCCCUGCCUUUUCCUUUGUUAGUGCCGAGCCAGUAGAUCCAGAGAAAGAUGCCAAGGAAAAGCCCGGGCUCUCACCAAGGGACUGCAAACGCCUGGGUGCCCUGGGCUGCCAGGACCCCUCAGGGAGGCAGAUGCAGCGCAGCUACACUGCGCCCGACAAGACGGGCAUCCGAGUCUACUACAGCCCCCCUGUGGCCCGGCGCCUGGGCGUCCCUGUGGUCCAUGACAAGGAAGGCAAGAUCGUCAUCGAGCCUGGCUUCCUCUUCACCACAGCCAAGCCCAGAGAGCCAGCUGAGGCUGACGGGCUGGCCGAGAGCUCCUAUGGCCGGUGGCUCUGCAAUUUCUCACGGCAGCGCCUGGACGGGAGCUCAGGGGGCAGCCCCUCAGUGGCCGGGUCUGGCUUCCCAGAAGCCCUGCAUGACUUCGAGAUGUCGGGCAACAUGAGUGAUGAUAUGAAGGAGAUCACCAACUGCGUGCGCCAGGCCAUGCGCUCGGGCUCGCUGGAGAGGAAAGUGAAGAGCACGUCCAGCCAGACGGUGGGUCUGGCCAGUGUGGGCACCCAGACCAUCCGCACGGUCAGCGUGGGCCUGCAGACUGACCCGCCCCGCAGCAGCCUCCACAGCAAGAGCUGGUCACCCCGCAGCUCUUCACUCGUGUCCGUGCGCAGCAAGCAGAUUUCCUCCUCCCUGGACAAGGUCCACUCACGCAUCGAGCGGCCCUGCUGCUCCCCCAAGUAUGGCUCGCCAAAGCUCCAGCGGCGGUCUGUAUCCAAGCUGGACAGCACCAAGGACCGCAGCCUGUGGAACCUCCACCAAGGCAAGCAGAAUGGCUCUGCCUGGGCCCGCUCCACCACCACACGGGACAGCCCUGUGUUGAGGAACAUCAACGAUGGACUGUCCAGCCUCUUCAGUGUGGUGGAGCACUCAGGGAGCACGGAAUCUGUUUGGAAACUGGGCGUGUCUGAGGCCCGAGCCAAGCCGGAGCCUCCCAAGUAUGGCAUUGUGCAGGAGUUCUUCCGCAAUGUGUGUGGCCGGGCACCAAGCCCCACCUCGGCAGCAGGAGAGGAGAGCACCAAGAAGCCAGAGCCCCUCUCCCCAGCCAGUUACCACCAGCCAGAUGGUGUGGCCAGGAUCCUGAACAAGAAGGCAGCCAAGUCAGGCAGCAGCGAGGAGGCCAGGCCCACCGUACUCCCCCAGGUGGGGAAGGAUGGUGUCCUCCGGGAUGGAGAUGGAGUUCUGGUCCUUCCAAGUGAGGAUGCCAUUUGUGACUGUAGCACCCAGUCUCUCACCUCGUGCUUCUCACGGUCGUCCCGCUCUGCCAUUCGCCACUCUCCUUCCAAGUGCAGGCUGCACCCUUCAGAGUCCAGCUGGGGUGGGGAUGAGAGGGCAGCACCCCCCAGCGAGUGACAGAACAGCAGAACUCCCCGCCUCAACCAGCUCCGGCCCCGGAUAGCAGGAAGGAACCAGCAGAGAGGAGGUGAUGGGCCGUGCCCUCUGCAUCACCCUGGGCCCGGAGGUGUAGCAGCUGCAACACUGCUACAGAGCAGCUUUCACAUGAAGGUAAAGCAGGGUCUCCUGCUGACCUCUGGGUGGUGAGCCCCAAUUUCCCAGGGGAAAGCAGUGAGUGGGAGAAAGACCAAAAAUGGGCUUUGGAAGCAUCUACAGAGAGAUCCGUCUCAAGCUGAUCCCUGGGUCCUAAGGGAGAGCCUCUUUUGGUUCUACCCAUGCUCACUUCUUGGAAGAGCCUGGGAAGGGUACACCUUUGGCGAUGCCCUUGGGGAAAAGGGCCCAGAGAGAUGUUCCCUACUGAUCAUGUACCCCUUCACCGAAGAGGAGACCUUGCCGAGAAGAACAGGCUUUGCUGCAGGGCUCCAUGUGGGGCUCCUGAUGGAGCUGGGCCGGGCACUAUCCCCUCCUUCCCUGUGCCACCUGCUCCUCUCAGCCCUGCUGCUCCAGAUUUCUAGGACUUGGGGUGGGGGGUAUGAUAGGGCUGAAGCCAGUGCCAAGUAUCUGCUUGGCAUCCUGGAGCCCUGGAUCUCCCUGCCCAUUCCCUGGAUGCAGGAAGAACUUGGAGAUAAGGUGGGAAUGUGUAGAGUUGGGGAGCCUUUGAGAUUGCCUCCUCUGCCAAGGUAACUUGAGGGGCCCUAUCCUUCCCAGGAGACUUCUUGAGGACAGAAAUAGGUAGAAUCAGUCUUAAGACCUGGUGCAUAGAGAAAUGCCUAAAUGCCCACUGCCUUGAUCUCAGGGCCUCUUUUGCUGGCACCACAUUUCCACUGUGUUUACAUCUUGCAGCUGGUAGGGGCAAAGAUGUUCCCUGUUGAGACUCCAGUUGGCCGGGUUAGGCCAAGGAGAACUCCCAAGAGGCCAGAGCUCAGGACGCAGCAGUAGACUGGGGCCUAGAAACACACUUCUUGCCUAGAUUGUUUAUUUGAAUUUUUCUUAUUAUAAAUAUUUAAGGCGGUUUACUUUAUUUUAAUAAUUUAAUUUACCCCCAAAGUCCCUAAGGUAAUUUAUUGGAGAUUGAGACGCGUAUUCUUGCCACUGGGACAAUGUGGGCCUUCUAAUAGCAUGGACAGGUGUGGGAUCCCAUGUGUAGAUGAGGCUGCUCAGCAGCCAGGUUUGGAGACCAAGCUCUGAAGUCCUGGUCAUUCUUGGAGGGCCCCUUGACAGAGCUGGAGCCCUGCAACUUGCUCCCCUACACUGCUGGCCAUUUGGCCUCAGAGCACCUCUUGUUACUCCACACCUGGCACUUGCCCAGCUCCACCAGUCAGUUUGUAAAACACCCACUGACAUGGCAAAGGGCUGGACUGUUGUCACCACUCCCCAAACAUUCUCCAUUUCCCUUCUCUCUUUCCUCCCUCCCUCUGACUUUUUUUGGUGAGUUGAACAUGGAUUACUAAGGCUCUGUUAAGAGCAUAAAGAUCCCUACAAGUUCCCCAAGUGAGAACGUGCAGGAAAACAAGACUGAACUUGGAGAAUGUUGUUUAUUGCAGCUUUGCACAUGGAUCUGAGAGCAUCUACUAGCCUUCCUUGGUUCUCUUCAGCCUGCAACCUUUUCACCAGCCUCUCUCCUUAGCCUUAUAGCCUUUCAUGGCUCUUCUCCCAACCCACUGGCCUGCCCUUCCCCACAUCCCACAUGAACUGUGAGCCACCCAAGCCAUUGGUUGGAUUGCAGCAUGGCGCAUAGCAGUGUGGUGAGGAGGGCCUCACUCAUAUGGGCUCCUCCUUAAUGCCAGCGAAUCCAUUUUGGUUGCAUACAUGCCCACACACAGAGACAUGCAGCCCUCCUGUAACUGGCUGGGGACCCAGAAUGGAAACACCAGAAUGGAAUAGCUUAUCUGCAGAAUUCCUUAUCAGGAACACCAAAAGCCAACAGCUUUGCUAGUUUGCCCCCAGGACUCAGGAGAUGCCCUUUUGCUCCCUCCUCCCACAUGCCAGUUCUCAUUGCAUCCUUUCAGCGUCACCUGGACCAGCUUGCCCAGGGCCUUCAUCUCCCUUCCCUGAACGUCAGGGUCAUGCCAAUCCUGGCCACGUCAUCAUGCCAUAGUGACUUGCGUGGGCAGGCCAAUGGAGCCUUGGGCCAAUUCCCAUCUGGGGUGCUGCUAUUUCCAUCCAAGAGGUUACGGGGACCCUCCAAGAUUAUCUGUAGAUGAGGGGACUCACACCAGGCCACAAGCCACCAGAGGCCUUCUGCCACCUCCCAGAGCUGCAGAGGGCCAGGGAGGCUGCACCCCUGGCCUUGGGGAGAAAUCCCUGUGAGACUUGAACCCCAAGGCCUGUGGACCACUCAGCCUUACCAUCGUCCUCAUCCAAGAUUGUCCUUGUCAUCUUCGUUGUGUCAACACCUAGGCCCCCCGGCCCCCAGCCACUGUUGGAGACUCCAGAUCUUGGUUUUCAGUAAAGCCCCAGUUUCUACUUCCUGCAUGUCUCUGUGCAAGGCCACUCGUCACUGUUCCUGUAGAAGCCUCGGGACAUGGGGCUUGAUGGGGUUGAAAAUGUUACAUGUAAAUAUUGGUUUGGUUUGGUUUUUAGCAUUUUACUUGAUAACUGGUUGUGUUUUCCUUUUUGGGGUGGGGGUUUGGUUUAUAAAAACUCUUUGCUCUUUUGGAAUGUAAUUUCUAAGUUUGUUUGUUUCUUUAAAUGCCUUUUCAGUCUUGGCAACAUUCCCAAAGCAGAAAACUGACCCACAGGAGGGCUUCCCUGGAGGAUUGGGUCCCAGGAAGAAAUGCUACCCUUCUUCCCUUUCUCACCCUUCUGCUGUGCCCCUUCCUUCCUCUCCUCUUUCCUUCUUUGUCUUUUUCUCAUCUCUAUUCUCUCUUCAACCAAAGUCCCAAGGAACCCUGGGGUCCCCAUCCCCUACAGACCACUUGGCUUGGCUCCAUGGGGUUGGCACCAGUUGAUUGGGGGGAAGUAGGGAACCCAGUUGGCAUUAUUGACCCUAAACUGGGCAACCUCAUGUUGUUUAUGUCCGACCUCUCCCCAGAGCCAAAUCAUACCUUUUUUGGUGAAAUAGUGUCUUUAUUGUAAUGAAAAUCAAACUACUUUGGUGCAUCCAUGACUCUUAGGCCUGCACGCACAAGGCAUCAGAAUCCAAUUCCCUGGCCCCUGCUGGCCCUUUCCCCCAGUUCUUUCCCCACCAAAGUCUGACCUCUAAGAGGUCUUAGGAUUUCUAUGGACUAAAAAUGGGCUUGCCCACUAGGUGUUCCCAGGGAUACUCUGUACCAGCUGGCCUCCCAGGUGACAAAUAUGAAGGCCCAAAGUCUUGACUCUCGUGCACCCUGACACUAACAUGACUCCCUCACACCCACUCCCAUGCACCUUGCAUGGUUCCAUCACCCCACCUCUUCUCCUUUUGUCUACCCAACGUCCAGCAUGUCCUUCCUUUCCCCUACCAUCCAGAAUGUCCCACUUUCCAGCCUCUUCAGACCCCCAAGCUCCCAGACCUCUUUGUUAAUAAUCAUAAUCCCCUAUACAUCCUGCCCAAGGCAUUGUACUAUUUAGAAAUCACUUCCCCAACCUCCAUCUUCAUGAGACCUCUCAGGAACAACUGUUUGAGGCAGCCUUGGCAGGAUAAGGGUUAGGGCUCUCAUUUUGCAAAUGAAGAAACUAAGGGGCAGGUCUCAUCACAGUACCCACCUAGGAAGUUAUCAACUUUAGAUAAGAACUUGGAUUCCCUCUCUGUCCUGCAGUCUCUGCAAACCUACUGCUCCACUGGGGGCUUUAUUUGCAUACAGAACACCCAAAAAUGCCACUGGUCGACCCAUACAUAAAACAAGUCCUCUCCAGGUUCUAGACCUGUGUGCUCUAAAAGGUGGUCUGGGAUUCUCCUUUAUCAGAAUCCUCUGAGGGCAUGCUCAAAAUGCAGAUUCCUGGACCCCAUCUUGACUUCUCUCUGGGGAUCCUGAGCACCAUUGGCUAUACCAUUUGUGUUCAUGGCCUUGACUGUUAGGCCAUCUUUCUUUUAACCAAUCACUACAAUGCUAUCGAGCAUCAAGCACUGAGCUGGGACAUAAGGGACUGGGUCCUCCUCAACCAAACUCUUAAUUUAAUUACUCUAAGGAAUUCCAAAAGGCAUCAGAAGCCAUUUACAAGAUUGGUCAUAGCGUUCAUUAAGAUAACAAAAAUAAAAAGUCAAAAAGCAAGACAGGGUGGCGCCUGUGGCUCAAAGGAGUAGGGCACCAGCCCCAUAUGCCAGAGGAGGUGGGUUCAAACCCAGUCCCAGCCAAAAACUGCAAAAAAAAAGCAAGACAAAUUAUUCUCUAAAUCUACCUGAUGUAAUUCCAUAAUAGUGUGAUUAACUUUUACUCUGAGUUUCCUGGCAGCCAUAGUAAAAAGAGAAACACAGCAAGGUUUUAUAAUUCUCAUCAUCCAGUCAUGGAAGCAAGCAUGUUUGCCCCAGGAGACAAAGUCUUCUGCUAUUAAUUUAUAACCUAUGUUCUUUCUUCAAAGGCCUCUGAGCCAGUUGGUGUUUUAGCAGGUUAACCUAAGAUGCAAGGAUGCUUUCCAGGUGACUAUUUAAAAAUAAUAAUAAACUGCCACCAACUUGAAUGAUCUUGGUCAGAUCACGUGGCUAGUCUAUGCCUCAGUUUCCCCAGCUAUAAAGUGGGCAUAAUGUCUUUCUACCUCACAUAGCUAUGGAGAGGACCAAAUACUAUACCGUGCCUGCAAGUCUACUUGGAAAAACAUAAGGUUCUGCAGUAAAAUGAUCACACUCAGUGUCCCAGGCCAGCUUCUCAGUGUCCUGGCCCUGUGAGAUGACACCCCCCUAACCUCCCUCACUAAUCUUCAUGAAUAGAAAGGAAAGGAAAUCAUGACAUAAUCUGGACUGGUCUCUCCCCCUUUAAAAAAAAUAUUGUGGCAGGCUUGGCGCCUGUACCUCAAGUGGCUAAGGCGCCAGCCACAUACACCAGAGCUGGCGGGUUUGAAUCCAGCCCGGGCCUGCCAAACAACAACAACUACAACCACAAAACAAAAAAAAAAAAUAGCCGGGCGUUGUGCGUUGUGGUGGGUGCCUGCAGUUCCCACUACUUGGGAGGCUGAGGCAAAAGAAAUUGCUUGAGCCCAGGAGCAGGAGGUUGCUGUGAGCUGUGACGCCACGGCACUCUACCCAGGGCGACAGCUUGAGGCUCUGUCUCAAAAAAAACCCACAAAAAAAAUUGUGGUAAAAUUUACAUAAAAUUUACCAUUUUACCUUUCUUUCUUUUUUUUGUAGAGACAGGGUCUUGCUCUUUCUCUGGGACUAGAGUGGAAUGCAGUGGCAUGAUCAUAGCUUACUGCAACCUCCAACUUCCAGGCUCAAGCCUCCUUCCUGAGAAGCUACAGGCCCAUGCUACCCUGCCAAGCUAAUUUUUUUUAUUUUGUAGAGACAGGUCUCACUGUUGCCCAGGCUGGUCUCGAGCUCUUGGCCUGAUGCAGUCCUUCCAUCUUGAGCUCCCAAAGCACUAGGAUUAUAGGGGGUAAGCUACCAUGCCUGACCCCACUUUAAGUACAGUCAUGAUGUUGUAUAAUAACCAUGGCCACUGUUCAUUUCCAGAACUUUUUUUUUUAAGUCAGAGUCUCACUAUGUCUCCCUCAGUAGAGUGCUGUGGCAUCACAGCUCACAGCAACCUCCAACUCUUGGGCUUAAGCGAUUCUCUUGCCUCAGCCUCCCAAGUAGCUGGGAAUACAGGUGCCCACCACAGCACCCGGCUAUUUUUUGGUUGUAGUUGUCAUUGUUGUUUGGCAGGCCCAGGCUGGGUUCGAAUCCACCCGGGUGUAUGUGGCUGGCGCCCUAGCAGCUGAGCUACAGGCAUGGAGCCCAUUUCCAGAACUUUUUCAUCAUCACAAAUUGAAACUCUACCCACCAAACAGUAACUUCCCAUUCCUCCUCCCUCAGCCCCUGAUAACCUCUACUCUUAAACUCUACUUUUAGUUUGGUCUAUUCUUGAUACCUCCUGUAUGUAGAAUUGUACAAUAUUUGUUCUGUGUCUAGCCUCCUCUUUUUCUAAGAGGAAGGAUCAGGCCCAGGGAAGGGAGUGGCUUACCAAGGUCACAAAGAAAACCAGAGGCAGAGUGGAGACCAGAACUCAGGUUCCCUGACUCACGAGAGGUUCUGCAUCCCCAGUGGCGAAUGAGAAUUGCUCUGCCUUUCUGUGAUCUUGGUUGAGCCCUUUCUUCUCUCUGGGCUCAAUCUAUUUGCUUCCUACCACCCACCCUCUCUGUUAUUAAUGUUUUCAUUUUCCAAAGCCUCCCCUCCUGCCUCCUCUUUUCCUUGGCUGGCUUCUGCGGGCAGAUGGAGUGGCCUGGCCCCUGGCCAGGUUUUCCUUUACUGGCCCCAGGCUUACUGUUGCAUCCAGCCCUCAGCCCUCCCAGGAAGCCCUCCCCACACCAUUCCCUCUCCUGAAUUGUCUUAUAACCUCAGCAUCCCACCAGCCCCCUUCCCCAGCACACAUUCAUAUUCUAGGAGGGGGAGAGUGUGUUCUGAAACCACUUAGGCCACUCCCAUGAAAAGGGGCCUCAGCUGGAGGUCUGGAGACCUGGCCAAAAUCUGGGCAGAUCUCUAAACUUCUCUAGCCCUCCCAGUUUUCUGAUCCUAUGAUGAGCACCAGAGCAUCCCCUCUGGGGUUUUGGGAUCUUGCAGCCCCAUCCUUUCCUCUCUGGGCCCUGGUAUCCUGGCUCUUUUCUCAGCUCUACCAUUGUUCUCUGUGCCUUAGAUUACUUCUCCGCACAGGGGGCUCACCCCAAGACCAUUCACAGCAGCUUCCCAGAUAUUAUGUGCCUCUAAGGUUAGGCCUUGCUGCAUUGGCCCAGCUCCUUAGCACUGCCCAGGGGCUCCAGGUUGCUAUGGAUGAGGUGACUGGGGGCACCAUUCUAGGCCAGUGGUUUUCAUAUUGUGUUCCAGUAGCAGGAGUGCCACCUGGGAACUUGAGAGAGGUGCAAAUUAUUGGUUCCACCCAAGACCCACUGAAUUAGAACUUGUGUUGUGGGGCCCAGCAAGCUGGAUGUAAGGAGACUUCCAGAUGAUUCUGACAUGCAUAGGAGUCUGUCAACUGCUAAUCUAAGUUAGCAGUUAGUGCAGCCUGGGGAGGGACUAGGGAUGGCCCAGGCCAAGAACAGGUGGAAAAUACCAACAUCUUCUGUACUCCUGGACUGGAAACUUUUCUUUAUCCACGAAAGAAACCAACCCUGGGGCAGUGCCUGUGGCUCAUUGAGUAGGGUGCCGGCCCCAUAUGCCGAGGGUGGUGGGUUCAAACCUGGCCCUGGCCAAAACUGCAACAAAAAAACAGCUGGGCGUUGUGGCGGGCGCCUGUAGUCCCAGCUACUCGGGAGGCUGAGGCAAGAGAAUCACCUAAGCCCAGGAGUUGGAGGUUGCUGCGAGCUAUGACAUCAUGGCACUCUACCGAGGGCAACAAAGUGAGACUCUGUCUCUAAACACACAACCCUGGCUGGAUACGGUGACUUAUGCCUAUAAUCCUAGUACUCUGGGAGGCCAAGGCAGGUGAAUUGCUUGAGCUUGGGAGUUUCAUACCAGCCUGAGCAAGAGCAAGACCCUGUCUCUGCUAAAAAUAGAAAAAACUAGUCGGGCAUUGUGGCAGGUGCCUGUAGUCCCAGCUUCUUGGGAGGCUGAGUCAAGAGGAUCAUUUGAGCCCAAGAGUUUCAGGUUGCUGUGAGCUAUGAUGCCAUGGCACUCUACCCAGGGUGACAAAGUGAGACUCUGUCUCAAAAAAAAAAAAAAAAAAAAAAAAGAAAAGAAACCAAUCCUAUAGUCUGUCCUCUUCCUAGGAGUUGGAGGGCCUGGAAGUCCUGGCUUGGUUCUAGCCCUGCUCACCUCUCCCACUUGUCUUGGUUUUACAAAAACCAAGCUGUGUGGCUGUGUGGGUGGUGCCAGUCAGGCAGGGAGUGGGAGUCCUGGGGAGGCAGGAGGCAAAAGACCCUGUCCUUUAUCCCUUGGGAACCUCACCAUGGGCCAGAUGGUCUCACUUCAAACUGAAGGAAACUUAACUCCACAAAGAAAGAACCCUAAAUCCCCAGGUCCUCCUCCCAACCCCAGGGAGACCUUGGAGACAGUGCCAAAAAAUAGCUCCAACCUCUAGCUGCUGGGAAGAGAGCCAGAAGCUGCCCUUCCUCCUCAUCCCAGCACCCCUGUCCACCUCCCCCCGCACCCCCCCCCGCCAAAACUGUGAAGCCCCCUUCCCUCUUAGCCUGCUUUCCUGGUGAGGGUCCUGCAGUCAUAGGCCCUAGGGGACCUCCAGGGAAAGGCUCCUUGGGAGGGAAGGGACCAAGGGCAUCCUUGGGCCAACUGUCCACCUCUCUUGUCCACUGUUCUCUCUUCCCCACUUCUAUCUUCAAAAGGCUCUUUCCCAGGAUGGAUCGGGUGCUAGGAUGACUACAGUCCAAUCCACCAGCUCUUUCUGCCCCUGUGUCUUAUUUCAGACAUGAGAAUAAUUGUACAGUGUAAACUUACAAAGCGUUUUUAAUUGUUGUAGAUUGGAAAUAAAGUAUGUCAUAUGAACAG